AUGAAGCAAGAAAUCACUAAGAUUGUUCAUGUCGACAAGGCCCGCGCUGUCAAAGAUUCUGAAUAUGCCCGCUCUUUCAGCAAAACACCCUCAUUCUGUGUUUACGACGAACGAUUUAUAGACAUCAUUGGCCCGGACCCCAGAAUACAGCUUAUCGAGGAAAAAAGGGGGAAAGGAGAGCAGUUCGCUCAUGAAGCGGGCGUGUACAUUCGCGCGACCAACUCCGUGUACUUUACAUCCAACUUCCAGACAUGCGAUCCUAUUGAUCUAUACGCCAUCAACUGCGAGACACACAAGAUUGAUAAACUCGACUAUCCACCAGUUGUUCAGGCAAAUGGAGCAUGCAAUUAUCCAGGGGUAACUGCUUCUACUCAUUGGGCGACUAGAAACAGGAACGAACCCGAUCGUAUCCUCUAUUGCUCCCAGGGAGAUCAUUCCACACCGUCAGGCCUGGUCCUAGUCGAUCCUGUCACUAAGGAGUCCGAGAUCCUGAUAAACAACUUCCACGGUCGAGAUUUCUCCUCUGUGAACGACGUGGUGGUGCACCAUGGUACGGGGGACAUUUGGUUUACGGACCCAACUUAUGGCUACGAGCAGGGCUUUCGUCCUGACCCCGUUCUACCAGCACAGAUAUACAGAUAUCGACCCUCGACAAAGGACUGCACAGUCUUAGCUGAUGGGUUCGACAUGUGCAAUGGACUCUGCUUCAACCCGGACUAUUCGCGCUUAUAUGUCACCGACACGGGUGCGGUGAAGGCCGUCAGUUACUCCGGAGACGGACACAAGUUCGAAACCAACUACAGAAACCCUAGUACAAUAUAUGUCUAUGAUGUGGUUGAUAAUGGCACAAGGGUUGCUAACCGGAGGACCUUUGCAUUUUGUGAUUCGGGGGUGCCUGAUGGGAUUAAAUGUGAUGAGAAGGGGUAUGUGUAUUCUGGCUGUGGGGAUGGAGUGCAUGUCUGGGACCCAAAUGGAAUUCUGGUAGGCAAGAUAAUUGUUGGACGUACAACGGCGAAUUUCUGUUUCGUCAAAGGAGGUAUUUGGAUGUUGAGUGAAGAGGACCUGUACUUCUGCAAAAUCCAGGCGAAAGGGGCAUUGGUUAACCGUUAA